ACCGGAAACCACGGAAUGGAGCUCCGAUUAAGCGAUUUCGUCGAUUGUUGGCCUUCAAAUUUCAAACCAAAUUGAAAAAAUAACAAUAACAUUAAAUUCUUCCAUCUGCAACGGUCCAUUGCCCUUCCAUGGAAGUUGAAUCACAAUCAGAGUUCCCGUGCUGGAAGCCCUUCCAACGGAGGUUCGAUCCCGAUUCUCCCUUUUUUGCCUCUGGAAAUGUCGAGCGCGAAAUCUUAGCCAAACAGGUUGCCUUGGAUUUAACCGAAGAUGAAAAGCUACAGCUGCAUAAUAUGGCAGUUGAUGCUAGCAGUGAAAUCUUUUGCCCAAUUGUUGGUUGCGGUGCACACUUGAAAUCUCUGGAUGACUUUGAAGAUCAUUACAAUUCAAGGCAUGCUGCCUCUUGUUCAGUUUGCCCUAGAGUUUACCCGACAUCACGCCUACUUAGUUUACAUGUCUCUGAGGCGCACGACUCGUUCUUUCAAGCAAAAGUCGCACGUGGCUAUGACAUGUAUGAAUGCCUGGUGGAAGGUUGUGGUUUGAAGUUCAAAAGCUAUAAAAGCAGACACCAGCAUCUAGUGGACAAGCAUAAAUUUUCUGCUUCAUUUGAAUUCUUUAAGAAAGCCCAUCCAUCUAAGAAACAAAGACAGAAAAUGUAUCGUAAACAAGCCAUUCAAGGAAGGGAAGAAACCUCCAGAAUGGAAGUCGAGAAUGAAAUUAUGGAUGGCCUCAUUUCAGGAGUAUCUAAACUAAGUACUUCGGACUCAACUCCUUCGUCAAUCAGCUUUGGCCGGAGGCACACUCGAGGGUUAACAUUUGUUCCUCGAGCAGUUCAGCGAGAGAAAGUGUCAGACUCCUCAACAGCUGGAACAAAGAGAUGAAAGUAGUGUAUCUAAACCAAUUGGGAUGUAAUUUCUGAUGAUAUAGGAAAUGGUAAGGGAGAUAUCGAGUUUCAAGACGGCAGAACUGGUUCCUAUUUGUCUCAGUGGAAGAAUCAAUGUCGGUUGAAAUGGAUUGAUGGCACAAUGUUGAUAUUCAAGUUAGCAAUGUAUUUAGAUGGAUUAGUUGUUUUGUUACGUACUUCAAAUAGACUGAAUAUUGAUGAAAACAUUGUUUGAAAUGUUGAGUCAUAAAGUCUUGGGUAGUUUGUCUUCAACAAAUCGCUGGGGAUAGUUUGACUCUUAACAUUGCUUGUGGAGAUUUGAUGAGGAUUGGGAAGGAAUCUAUUUAGCUUGUCUAUUCAAUUUAAGACGUAGAAUACCAAGAAAUAGAACUUCACUAAGUUGGAAAAGUUUCCAUUGAGGGAACCUUGAUUAGAAGUUUCAA